AUGCACAGCCGCCACCCCAGGGUCCCCCAAGGCCCUGCGAAGCCCCAGCCGACCUCCCUACACCCUCCCCCGACCCUCGACGCACGCAAGCCCUCCGUGGCGAAUGACGUCGCCGCGAUCGUCGCUGCCAUGUCUCCUUGGCGACAUCUCCAUCCUUCCCACCUGGCUCUUCCAGGCCGUCGAACGCAACUGUUUGGCGGCGCGUUUGUUUUCGGAGGACUGAGGGCAGUCCAGCCGCGUAGUUGUCGCGCCGGCCACCGCGGUGCAACAAUGAUGCACAGCUGUCACCUCACAGUCGCCAAGGCCCCUCGAAGCCCCACUCCACCUCCUCGCACCCUCCCUCGACGUUCCUCGAUGCGCGCAGGCCCACCACGGCGAACGAUGGCGCUGCGGUCGUCUCUCUGGCAACCGCGGUGCUACGACCCCGCCAACCUCCCCCCUCGCAGUCUCCAGGCCCCGACGCUGGCCCGCGUCACCUCCCGGCACCAUCCCCCGACCCUCCUCGACCUGCGGAGGCCCUCCGCAGCGAAUGACCGCGCUGCGGUGAUCACGCCGGCCGCCGCGGUCCAACGACCGCACCGACCUCCCUCCUCGCGGUCUCAAGGCUUUCGCAGCGGCACUGAUUACUGA